UCACACAUACAAGAGAUUAGUGACAAGAAAUAUGGAUUCUUAUGAAGAACCUAAGAUCCCCAUCUUCGAAUUCACCGAAGCGAGCUUGACUCCUGGGUCGAGCUCGUGGAAGUCGACGUCAAAUUCAGUGCGACGUGCCUUGGAAACCUACGGGUGUUUGGUCGUGUCGAAUGAAAAGACACGACCUGAUCAACAACACCUGCACGAGUCCUUGUUUAGUGCGUUGGAUGAGGCGUUUUCUCUUCCCGAUGAGACGAAAAGGAAGUACACUUCUGAACUUGCAGGCUUUGGAUAUGAUGGUAGGUAUCCAAAGAUACCUUAUUUAGAGUAUUUUGGAAUUGAAGAUGAAGGAAAUUUUCAAAGGGUCAAAAACUUCACCAGCCUCAUGUGGCCUCAUGGGAAUGAUAAAUUCUGCAAAACUAUAUGCUCACACGGUAAAAUAUUGCUGCAACUGAACAAGACGAUCAUGAAAAUGGGCUUGGACCUCACAAAGACUAGAAUUUCCUUAACGUGCUUUGCUCCAACGAAAUCGAGGGUUUGCAGGUCCAAAAUCGCCAGGGAGAGUGGAUGGAUUUUGAGCCAUCGCCUUCCAAAUUUAUCGUCUUAGUAGGCGAAUCACUCAUGGCAUGGAGCAAUGGGAGGUUACAUAGUCCGACACAUAGGGUUAUUACAAGGGGAUUUAAGGAUAGGUAUUCUUUUGGAGUGUUUGGGUUCGUUCAUGGCCUGGUGGAAGUGCCACAAGAGUUGGUUGAUGAUCAAAAUCCUUUGAGGUUUAAACCUUUCAACAGCAUAGAUUUCCUUCAAUACUGCAAGGAUGGUGGGCCCACCAUUGACCACGCCAUCCACUCAUAUUGUGGGAUUUGAAUAGUAUUUGUUUGUAUUGUUUCUUUUUAUGUUCAUAUGGCUUGUAUGUUGGUGAUAUUAGGAUUUGGCGUUUUAUUCUUUGUACGAAGUCAUUGUGUACGAUAUAGAUAAAAUUAUACUGUAA